CACGUUUAAAAAAAAUUUUGUUGCCUUGUCGUGGCAGGUAGGCUUUAAUCCCCUUCAGUGAACCCACGAACUGUGCUGCCUAGAGUUCCAACUCCUGUAAGGGUCGCCCAUGCAAGAAAGUUCGCGAGGGAAAGGGUCAACUACAACAGUCCAACCCGGGGCUCUGGGAGUCAUUUUAACAGCUCCAUUUUUUGCAAGUCCAUUUAUAUAUUUCUACAACUACUUUACUUAUUUAUUUUAGUCUUGGCCACCUGUGACACAGUUAUAAAAUAUUUGUAAAUUUUGCAAUUUUUGCGCUUUGUUACAUUUAUCAACAGACGAGACCGCAUACGUUAAGCGUGUUAACAAGUAUUAAGUGGAGAGCCUUCAAUAUAUCAGAAACGAAGAGAAUAGUAAUAUCUUGAUGCCAGUACAUCUAUUGAGCUCCAUAAGCUAAUAUUCAAACUUCAACAUUACGUUAUAUGUUUAUAACUGAUUAUACAGCAACAAGUGCAAGCAGUUAGUGCAUUCAUUGGCGUGUUUCCAUAUUUUGAAGAUCAUCUACUAUUUAAAGGUAUUGCGCAUAAUGGUUGGACGAAAACGCGCCAGACGUUCAUGCUCAUAUUGCAACUCUACUCAGCACAACGUGAGAACAUGUGGCGUGAAAUCAUUGGUUGAAGCCAAUGGUGAAAUGAAAUUGCUCCAAUGGUUAGCAACAGGCAAUGAAGGCAAUUCUAAUGAACCGACUCACGAGAACGUAGAGGAAACUGGGACUUCUACAGCACAAGUAUCGAAUCGCUAUCCGGUUUUCGCAGACACAGUUCGGGAUUUGUUACCGACAACCGCCCCUGCGCCGUGCACUGACGGACUUCGCGAUGGAUCCUUUCAAAAUCCAGGUGGUAUGGUAUGGCUUCAACAGGUCUGUCGUUUAAACAAUUUUCAUUUAUUAAAUAAUACUGGAGAUGGUGACUGCGCCUACAUUUCAAUGCUAGAUGGUAUGCGAUCUUUGGGCUUACCUAAUAAACCGGAUAAUGUCAAGCAAUUUAGGUCAAUUGUUGCAGACGAACUCAGUUCUCGUGCACAUCUUUAUAUAAAUUUAUUAGAAACCGAUUCUGAUGAUCUAGAGUCAGAAUUUACAAGUUUUGUUUCCCUAACACGAACUACUCGUGAAUGGGCCCAAACGUGUUGUUUUUACGCAAUAGCUUCCAUAUUUCCUAUAACAAUUCGUUUAUGGGAUGACCGAACGAAACAUUUUGGUUCUUUUGGUACUUUUUCGCAAGUAAUUAACAUUGGGUAUUUAUCUAAUGACUUACACUAUGUAGCCCUUCUCCCUUCUUCCACAUUGCAUGCCAAUCCACCUGCUAAUGAUUUUACAAGUUGUACUUUAGAAAGUCAACAGCCUACAAUGACUGGAAGCAAUAUCACCAACAGUUCCUACCCAAUGGAUGUAGAUGGAAGUAUUACUCGUCGGAUCAUGAACAUGCUUGAAUCUUGCAACCUCUAUAAUCAUUUUGUGCAUCUUCAGAGAUCACCACCACAUGGAUUUUACGAAGCUCUUAUCGAUUCAUUGAAAUGUUAUUCAACGUUUCGAUACACGGUCAAAUCACUGCGUCGUCGGUGCUGGAAGGAACUAUCCAAAAACGUUGGCGAGUAUCAGCGUGAACAUGCUAUUACUUCUGAUACAUCUGACUACGGUGACAUGUUGCGAGGGACUCUAAACGAUUCUGUACCAUAUACCAUACAUUUCAAAGCAACAGCUGUUAGCCUGUUUGGUACCAUUGAAAUAUUCGACGUAAAUGAGGGAACGAGGGUUUGCUAUGGAAAAGGUAGCACGUUUUCUGCAAUGCUAGCUCAAGCCAAUUCCACUUUUUGUGCAAUCCUUCCACAGGCAAGAUUCACAUUUGAAGACACAUAUACUGCAAAAGCACACAUAUCAUCAGACGUUGAAUCAAAAGGCCUGUCGGAAAGUGAUCAACAAACAAGGACUUUACAAAUGACAUCAAGCAACCGUCUACCUAAGCGAACGGAAAGGCCAGACAAACCGGAAUAUCCAACAACACUUCAAGGUCUUACACUUGACACCAUGACAUGCGCCAAUUGUUACAGGAACAAUACAACGAAAUAUAAUAUCAAUUUGCGUGCAAGGUCUCAGCCGCUAAAAGGAAAAAAAUACGGGUCACUUAUGCGUGGUAUAACAACCACGCCACAGGUAUUGUUGUGCGAUCUGUGCUGUAAGUAUUUAUCUUCUACUUUUCAUACUAUUUUAUCAUCCUGGUUUUGUUCUUGGCCCAGUGUAAUUUGGUCUACUUUGUCACUAAGCGGUGACAACUUCCACAUUUCCAAUAAAGUAUGGUCUCUUUUGCCACUAACGAUCAAGGAAAUGUGGCGUACAAUGAAUUUAAAUAAUAUAGAGUGCCGGUUUUUGGAUCGUACUCAUGACAUUUAUAAAUUCAAUUCUCUUGUGGCAAGUUAUGACAUAGGAUACAUCAAAGAAGCUUUUAAUACAUUUCCAGUCGCUAACGUGAUAUGUCCCUUGGGUUGUUGGGAAUUUGUAGAAGAUUGUGAUUUCAUUCCAUUUUUGCAUUAUUUAGCAGGUGCAAUCGAUCUCAAAAUAUCAGGAGCAGACCCGGACGCAUUCAGAGGAGCACGACCAGAUUGGCCACCUUUACCAACUACAUAUCUAGAAAGUUAUAUCUGCGCAGCUGGAAUGGCAAUAUCUGAUCAAUACGGAUUAAGCAUCUUAUGGUGUAAAGAUAAGCACGAUUCUCUCAAGCGUCCAACAAUUCAUCCACCAACAAACCCCGUUCUUCGACCAAAUGCUGAACAAGGAUGCGAAUUUUUAGCUCCGUGCACUCUUAUUCCUCAUAUAAAACGUUUGGGAAAAAUAAGGAAAUGGAAUUCAUCUGGACACGUAAUAGACGUACGUGGUGGACAUUUCGGGAUGUCGUCGUGCUCACUAAAUCCAAAUCCGUCUAAAAUGUACAUUUCGCAAGACCAUCACAAAGUUAAUUCUCUCAUAGUGGGUCAACGUCACGAUAUCAGAAAAAGACUUUUUGGAGACCACAACAAACGCCGAGAUGCUGAAUCGUAUUUAUUGACAUACAAUGUACAUCGUCGUGAAAAGUCGGGUGUUUAUGACGAAGAGAUCAUUACGAAACAUCUGUCUUCGGGGACGUACGUAUCGCGAAUCGACGCUUAUUAUAUGUGGCGAGCCACAAGAGCAAGGCAAGUACAAACUUUACAACAAUCCGACGGUGAGUUCAUUGAUCCAUAUAAGAUGUUUAUAGUAAUUGUUCAUCCUGCCGACUCCUUCGGCUGCAAACCUUUCAGAUGCCAGCUUAAGAUUAAUUUUAGUAAUGAAAUGAUUUCUUCUAGUAAUGAUGGCGGUAACUUGUGGUCGCCUGCUGGCUUAGUAACUUUUAUACUUAUCCACUGCAGACAAUUAUACAACUUCGCCCUAAUGCAGGCAGUUGAAGAAUGCGACAAAUAUACCGCUUCAAUUUUAUGUACUGUUGCCUUUAUUGAAAAAUUUCAAACGCGUUCCAAACUUAGUAUGUCAAAGUUUGUUUUUCAGAAUACCUUCAAAAGUACGGUUCUUUCCCAGCAACAACGUGACAGAUAUUCAGAAGCACACAUAUUAUCAGAUAUUUUGACCAUAAUUGUUAAGAAAUGCGUGACGCACGUUACAGACGAUUUCAGCGAUCCACCUUCUUCCGAAUUGCAGGAUGAAGAACUGUUAUUGGUUGUCAAGCCCCCUACUUCACGAAAUCGGCAUAGCUCACCUCCACAUCAAUUCAUGAACAGGCGUCUUCUUAUGCUAUUGUCUUCCAAGCAUGGUCACGCUUUCAGGUGGGAUCAAUCAAUGUGUUGGUGGUUGGUUGAUGAUAAAAAGAUGUGCAAGUGCACUUUUAUUCCACAUUUACCUUCGUGGCAACUAGCUAUAUACGGGGUUGUUUCGAAUGCUGUUGACGAGGAACAUCUUUCCAGAUCAUUAGACGGGCAGAGACAUUUUAGAUGUGGAAAUACACUCCAUCAUGCCUUUCUAAUGAAGGAAUCGCGUAACACUUGCAAGCAAUGCUUUAAAAGAAAUUGUACCAAUAAAGCUGUUUGGGGGUGUCACUGGAGCUACUUGGGCACACAGUGCAAUGUCGGAAUAUGUCGGAGUCAUUUCAUGUCAGAAAUGCGUAAUGGUGAGGUUGUUGAAAUACAGGCGGAAUGUGAGUACAAUCGCGCUGCUAGUGCGGUAAGUAUGGACGAAGGUAAUGAUACAUAUUAUGACAAUACCGACAAUUAUUCUGUAGACAAUGAGGAUUUAAGCAAUGAUGAGGAAUAUAAUGAUAGUUUAAUUACAUUACAUCAUUCUAACAUGGACUUUAUUGAUGAUGAGUCACUUCCCAAUCCAUUACAUACACUAUCGACAAAUCUACCUUCAUUCUACGAAAAAAGCGCUAUCUUUCCCUUACAUUUUUUGUUAAAUGAUACUUUCCAAGUUUUAAAAAGAUGCGUAAGGCGGAGGAAAAAUGCAAGAUCUCACAACAUACUUCAUCACUUUGCUGGGAACAAUGAUUCAACAACCGUUUCUUUACUCUUCCCUGAGGCACAAAUUCUUCCAACAACUUUUUGGGGAAUGAUAAACAAUUCUCCAGUAGGCGCAAUGCAUCAGGCCCAUUUUCGUAAUUCCAAACGUUCUCGUACCUGCAGAUCCUUGAGAUCUAAAGACGAUAUGAUUGGCAUCCGAAUUAGGGAUCAUAACUUGCCAACGAGUCAGCAACAUUCAAACCUGCACUUUUAUUUUGAUCUAAAACUCAACGACAAAUUGAACAAUAAUUCAUCUGCACUUGUUUUUAGACGGGGGCUUGAGCACAUAGCCGAAAACAAGUCUCUUCACUGUUUAGUACAAGACAAUCCUCUACCUUACGACGAGUCUGACAGCAAUGUGAAAAUUCGUGAAUUGACAGCGCUCACUACAAAGUAUCCUUGGAAGUAUUGGAUGACAAUGACGUGCAACGAAUUAAGGACUCCUGGUAUCAUGAUGAUAAUCAAGAGCAUGAAAAGUAUAAGCGAGUAUCGUUCUGAUUAUCCUAGAAUUUAUAAUGCUAAUAUGGGUAUGGUUAACAGAAUGUGGCUUCGUUUCGUUAACGUCUUUCUUAAGUAUCUUGUUAACAGCCCAGAUCAGCCUGCAGGACCAAUACAACAUAUGUUCGCCCGCUUGGAAUUUCAAUCAACUGGAUCUCCUGGCAACAAAGCCCACGUCCACAUCGGUGCUGCUUUAUUCGACGAAAAAGAAGAAACAACGCUGAAUCGUAUUUCUUGCAAUCCUGAAACCGUGUUCAAUGAUGAGAGAUUCGGGGUCACGCGUCAUCAACUUCUUCAAAAGGGAAUCGUUGAAAAUUCUUCUGAUUUCGAUGACCUCAAAAAGCUAUAUAAUAUUCUUUCCACACAUGAUUGUUCAAAAGCCGGCGAACGCUGCAUGAAACGAAAAAACGACAAAGGAGAGGUAGUAUGUAGAGUUCCUAAGCACCCAACCAGUUCUAAGUACUUUUUUCAGGAGAAACUUGAUCUUUAUUGUCCCGACAUGAUGGAACGAAUGCGAAAAAUCGGAUUUGCCAACACCACUGAAUGCCAACAACCAGAUGGUUCACUGUCCACCAGAUUGAUCAUGACUGAUCCGAGAUUACGGGGAGGAAGAUACCACUACCCAACUACGCGUCCGCCGACAUUUCUACCAACAAUACCUUUACUGCAAUGCGCAUUGGGAUCUAGUUUUAAUUGUACAGCUUGUGAUCGUCGAUUCGCAACAUCGUAUUUAAUAAAAUACCACGUAGGUAAAGAGAGCCACAGUGGUGGUAAGUAUAUGAAAGGACUCGAUAAAGGUAAUAUACAAGUUAUUGAUGGUGGAUUAGAUCACGUUAAAAUUUCUGGUCAACAGCUACUUCAUAACAAAUCAAAUAAUAAUGAUAAAUUAAAAGGUUUAGCUGUGACUGAAAUAGGAUAUUAUGAGAUGAAUACUUUCAUCAACGACGCCAAUUACACAACCUCAACAGCUGAUUUUAUACAUGUAAACACUAAUCCUCCUGAAUAUCGUGUUUGGAAAGUCAAAUUUAAUAAAGCUGCCGGACAGCAUCGUACUUAUGGCAUGACAGGUGGUCGAUCAACCUUUGUCGACUGUAGAUUAGCUGAUAACGUUCCCCAUUGGCGACGCUUCACUGUUAAUCAACAGUUGCAUGCGCGUGAGUACUUGAAUUCAGAUUUUAAUUAUUCCAAUACGGAAAGAUAUAACAUUCGACCACCAGAACUGUUGUCUGUCAAUAAAUUAUUAUUGUACCAUGAAAUUUUCAUCUACACAGGUCGCCGAGCUUUAGAAUCUAACUUUCAUUUACCUUUAGAUCCAAUGUCCGGCCCUUUCUACGAUGCAUGUGGAUAUGAAGUGAGAAUAAGAAGAUCUGGGAUCCACAAAUUAGGACACUUCUUAACGGAUAAAGAGCAGACUUCAGAACAUUUCGAUGAUCACCAUAUGCCCAGUCGUAACUUUCUCACAGAUCUUCUUAAACGUCUUUCACUGGAAAAGAGUACCGACACCCAACAUUUAUCGAAAAUUUUUGUUCACGACAUAACUACCAAAGAAACCGUUGCUGUUAACUCGUACAUAUAUCCCGAUAAGAAGAUCAACUUCCUUUACCAUCUAAUUAUCACUCUUGGUUGUUAUGAUUCGGAAUUUGAUUUGUUUCGCGGCACAAAUUCUUUCCGAGAAGUUUUUGUACGCGCUGGACUUCUCCCAAGAAAAGCAGAUUAUAACCAGCAAGAUGCAAAUUUCAUUUUUAAACUAUAUAUGAAUGCUGAAGGUCUCCAUCUUCCGAUCACUAGAAGAAAAUUGGAACGACUAACAAAAUUAGCUGACGAAAUUAUAACGGAAAUUGUCUGCGGUUCCGGUGAAAUAAUUUCAUCAACACCUCCUAUUUCUGAGUUAGCGAUACGAAUAGCUGCUGAUGAAGAAAUAACAACUAUAGAAAACGUUCGGAGAAGAACCUUAAUCGAAUCAAUACGCAACGCCUUAGUUUUCGCCGGUGUAGCAAACCUUCCGACGGUGGAGGAAGUUUUCAACGCCAAUUUAGAACAACCACUUCAACAUUGGAUUACAGAUGUAUUGGGACCUACCUCUACGUCUUUAAUACCAAGAUCGGAUCAUCAAUCUAAAGAGAGCUAUUUGGAACAGAUGGACACUUUCAUGACUACGAUUAAUGCAUUGCGAGCCUACAUGAGCCCCAAACCACAUACAUCAGCCAAGAGAUUUCCUUGUAUUGUAGGACCACCAGGUGCAGGCAAAACGUUUUUGAUCCAGCUUGCUGCGUUCGUCGCAAUGUGCCUGGGAUUUCGAGUGACGCUUCUCUCUUUGACCUCCGAACGAGCACGCUCCCUUGGCGGUAUACAUAUUCAUCAAGCUUUUCCAAUACCAGUUACUGAUAAAUACAACAAAUCACCGGACAGGACUUAUUGCCACAUGAUGCAGGGUUUACGCAAAUACGGAAAGAAAAUGGUUUUGUUACAAAGAGCAGAUAUUUUCAUCUUUGAAGAAAUUGGUCUCAUCUCAGCGGAAAUGUAUUCAAUGUUGGACAGGUGUAUGAAAGAUAUCAUGUCUUCCGAUGAAUCGUUCGGACACAAGUUCGUAAUAGCGAAUGGCGAUCCUUGCCAACUUCCACCUCCGCAGGGCGCCCCAUUCUGGACAUCCAUUCACUUCACGGCAUCUUUCAAUUCCAUACAUCUGAAACAUUUUGUAAGAUCAGCGAGUGACGUACAUCUUCAGAAAAUAAUAACAUUGAUCCGACAGACUUCUCUACAGGAAGAACAAAUUCGAGAUGUCGUUAGUAUUCUAAGUGUUUCGUGCAAUUUUGUGGAAAAAUGGAAUGACGUUCCAGAAGAAGCAAUGCGGAUUGUGUCGACUCGUAAAGCGGAACAGAUGGCCAUUGCUGAAUUUUUGAGGAGUAAAUCGGACGACCCUAAUGUGGAAUUGAAAAAGUUUGUUGCUAUCGAUGAAGUGUACGACGGUGUUACCUGGGGAACAGCUACCACAAUACAAAGCAAUCAAAUAACCCGCCAAGUUUUAGAACCCAAAGAAAUUUUCCUGUUCAAGGGCUCCGUGCUAAGAUUGACAUAUAACAAUAAUUUUGGAACUACCAAGUUUUCGCAAGGUCAGCUAUGCGUUGUUGAAAACUUUGAAGAGACGAAUGAUGUUAACACAGAAGUUUCCGUUCGAGUUAAACUAGUUCCACCAGGAGAACGCUGUUUUUCUAAUAUCGAUUCUAAUUGGAAAGUUUUUAUACUGAAGCCCAGGUAUACGUCGGAUGUUCUGCUAAGCGGAUUGACACAUGCGAGACGAUUGCAGUUACCUAUUAGAUUUUAUAAGGCGAAUACUAUCCAUCGGGUUAUGGGAGAAACGUGUCAACUAGUCGCCACGGAAAUAAAUAAUGAAGAGCGACAAAAGCGUCAUCUACGUCUCUGGGAAAAGUCGCAACUCCUUGUUCUCCUAUCGAGAGUUCCAACUUUGUCUUGUCUAUUUUUUGUUGGCAACCGUUCCAUAACAAUGAGUACUCUGACUGAAAUAUUACACACCGAAGAUUAUUGGACUACACAUAUCAAUGAAAGACUACUAUCAAAUUCAACUUCCCAAUCCACUUCAAUACGAGAUUACAACUACCCUUAUUCCUUCAGUGCAAGAGAAAUACCAGCUUUUAAGUCCGGCGUAGUAUAUCUUCUCAUUUCUCUACCUUUCCCGAACGUUUCAUAUUUAGGACAGACGGGACGCAAUAUCAAACGCAGAAUCGCAGAACACAACUCAGGCAAUGGUACUACUUUUACCAGUCAAGGCCAUUACAUGCCUUGGGUUCCGCUUGCUAUAAUUUACGGAUUUUCGGACGAUCUUACUGAACUCGAUGCGGAAAGGCAGCGUAGACACGUCGAAAGAACAAUACAUCUUCAUGUCCAAAGGAAUUCUACGCCUGAAACCGUGCUAUCUUUUAUGUCAAAUUUAGUUAAAGGAAAUAUUGACUUUGAAAACAGGAUGUAUUAUUAUGACAAUCUCGUUGUUGAAAGAUUGGGAAAACUUCGACUGAAUGACAAUAAUGGAAUUGUAGCGACUGAAAACACUGUAACAUGAUUACUCUCAAUAUGCUUUUUUAAUAUUUAAAUUAAUAAUUACGAUACGUCAGACACCGAUAAAAACAAAUAUUUUUCCUACUUAUAGUACUGUUGCCUUGUCGUGGCAGGUAGGCUUUAGUCCCUUAGUGAACCCACGAACUGUGCUGACUGGAGUUUUUAUUUCUGUUAGGGUCACCUACGUCAGGUAGGUCAUGGGAGAAAGGGCAAACUAAAACAGUACAACUUUUGCAAUCAGUGUUCUUAAUCUUACAUUACUAAAAUGCCCAAAUGCCGACGCGGCGUUGCUUAACCUAUUGCAGUAAUGAAAUGGUAACAUUAACGUUUACUUGGUUUAAUGAUUACAAAUAUUUUAAAGUACAUUUCUGCAUUAAUUUUUGCAUUUUUUUUUCUCUUGAGUUACAAAGUCUUUUGAAUUAACCUUUCUUUUUAUUUCUAUUACUAUUUUAUUUUGAAGUUUAUGUUUUUCAUGUACAAUUUAAAAUUUCCCUUUUCUGAAAUUAUUAAAACCGGGAAUGUUGAAUUCCCAAAAUUUAUCUAUCUGGUUCAUCGUACAUUUAGAUUCAUUUAGAAUUUCUUGUUACCGUAACGUACGGGCUUUUCUGCCGAAACUGACCUAGUUGCAGUUAUUUCAUAUUCACUAAUUUACACCUUUAUAUCAUGAGUUGUUAUCUUUUUACAGAUUGAAUUGAAUGUCAUUUAGUGCCUUUAAUUAUAUAUUAUUUCAGUCAUCAUCUAAGUUUUCUUCCCUUUCCUAACAUGAAAGUGAACCAAUGUUUUGAAAACUAGUUACUUCGGAUUCAAAUGCGUUAAUUGAUUCAGAUGCAUUGAGCACUGACGCUAGUAAUCUCGGUGUUAAACUAGAUUUCAGGAGUAACCAAACUUUUUUGACCGCUGGCCAUUUAUCACUCAAAUUGUAUUGAAACGGGCCGGACAAAUAUUUUUGUCAAUGCUAUACAAUCCACGUCAGAUAGGUCGUGGGAGAAAGGGCAAACUAAACCAGUACAACUUUCGCAAUCAGUGUUCUUAAUCUUACAUUACUAAAAGGCCCAAAUGAUGACGCGGCGUUGCUUCACCUAUUGCAGUAAUGAAAUGGUAACAUCAACGUUUACUUGUUUUAAUGAGUACAAAUAUUUUAAAUUACAUUAGUGCAUUACACUUCUUUUUUGUCUAGAGUUACAAAGCUUUUGAAUUACCAUGUUUUAACAAUUUACCUGUCAAUGCAAUACAAUAAUUUC